AUGGCCUCUACACUUCGUCUGAAGGACUUGCAUACUGUUGAAGAUGCCAAAUUUGUUGUGUGUGGGGUGGUGUGUGUGGAUGGAGUUGUCAUCCCAAAAGGUCAUGAUGAAGCUGGUAAGUUGCUAGAAAAUGUUUAAAUUUGUAGUCAAGAUGUGAAUUGAUGAUUUUACAAAUAUUCAAAUUAUUUCAGGAGAAAUCCAAGUCUCUGUGAAUGAUGGAACGAUCGAAAAGCCAAUUCGAUGCCGUCUAACAUUUGACCCAAGGAAGACUUACAAAGGAUACAUAACAAAAGGGGUUGUUCUGUGCUUGAGGAACGUCAAAAUUGAGGUAAAUUUUGUGAUGCAAAGAUUAUCAUUCGGUUUGAGUUGUGCUGGUUUUUAUAUACAUACUAACUAUAUCCUAAUAAUUUUUUAGACCGAUGAGCAAGGACCCUACAUGAUUGUUGACCCGGUAGCCUCCCCUCUCUCCAGAUAUUACGGGUUCGAUCUGAAGAGGGGAGAUUUGAAUUGCAUUAUGGCCCAUGGAGAAGUUGAUGGAAGAGAAACUGUGAUCAGUGGAGAAGAAUGGAACAGGGUAAGCUUUUAAAAAAUCGACAAAAAAAUUUGCAACUGUCCUAGAACUAAUAUUUUCGAUUGGAUUUUAGCUUCAACGAGUCCGCAAGUUUAUGACGGAAAGACGCCCGAAUCUCUGCAUUAACGGCACUGUUCCCUUGUUUCAAGUGAUCGUGAUUCCAUCAAGAAAUCCUCAGCCAAUCAAAAGAGAAGUCAAGGCCGAGCAACAUUCAAUGAUUACACCUUCUCCAAGUCCCCCAAGCCAUCGGAUCGUCCGUCAACAGGUCCAUGAGAUGGCAAAAGUGGAGCCAAAAGCAGAAAAUAAGUCUCCCCCUCCUGCUGUCCUGCCGAUCAAAGAACAAGUAGCCAGUCCAGUUUACCGUAUCCCGAAGAAAUCACCUCCUCCACUGCCCACAUGCGAUCCAGUGAGGCAAGAGUCCGGUUCGAGGAGCGCCAAUUCCACACCCCCGAUGGAAAAUGGCAAUGGUAAUGCUGUCCCGUACAGCCAGGAUGUCUACCAAAGAGAGCUGAACGCUGCGCAGAGGGAAGCCCAUCGAGAAAUGAAUGCGAUUCAAAUGAAGGCUUCUCCAGUGCCCACGAAUCAAUUUAAUUAUGGACUGAGCUCGUCUUGGCAGGACGACGCAAGUCAAUCUCAACGGCCAGCUACAACAAGUCCCCCUCAGCCAAACCAAUAUAACAAUCGUCAGGAAUACAAUAACAGAAGGAACGGACAUCAAAGGGAAAGGAAUAUGAACACUGCACAAUACAACCAAGAUAAUGGUGGCAUGAACUCAUCCUGGCAACGGGACUUUAGCCAGAUUUGUCGACCCACCCCGAAGCCUCAAUAUGAUAUGAACUGCCUGCUGACGCAGAUGCAAUACUUCUUGGCUUGCAGAUAUUACAAUAUUGCUUGUCAGGUAAGUAUAAACACCCUCCGAUAUAUCUGAAUAUUCCUUUUCAGAUUGUUGGCGUCUACGAUAGAAACCCUUCGAACGUUGUGCUCAGGGUUACGGAUGGAACUUAUAUUGCGGGCCGGUAAGCUUGGAAGAGAAACAAAAGAUGUUCAUCGAAAGAACUCCAAUAAUGAUAAACCUUUUAGAACCCUCGUCAGAGUUCCGCUAUUCGAUUUGGAUGGGACAAUCGAUGCAGAAUUGGCCCACAAAUACGACGGGAAACUGUAUGACAUUGAUGUGUAUGAUGAGUAUUCAGAACAGGCGAGACUUUUUAGUGUAAGUUUACAAACAGCUGUUAGUAAAUAUUUAUUUUUCAUAGAAAUAUUACUAAUGCCUCUUGUAUUUCAGCCUGGAGACCUUGUUGUAAUCGUGAACGUCCACACAUACCUCAACACCAAAGGCAACGAAGUCCUGACAGUUCAUCGAAACGGAGAGCGGUUUAAGCGAGGGAUUUAUGAGCUCAAGCCUGGUUCCACUGUAGAACAGGCCCUGACACGGAAUCUUCAACACUUUCAACAGUCAGAUUAG